AUGAAGGCUAUUCCUUUGCUUAUAUCCUGGCACGAUGACAACGCCCCUAUCUACUCUACACAUUUCGAUCCCCAUGGCAAAGGGCGACUGGUCACAGCGGGGAAUGAUAACAAUGUUCGACUAUGGAAAGUUGAAGCCAACGGCGAAGAGCGGAGAGUCACAUACCUUUCCACCCUCAUAAAACACACACAGGCUGUUAAUGUUGUUCGGUUUAGUCCUAAAGGUUCCAUGCUAGCGUCUGCUGGGGACGAUGGAAAUGUCCUGCUUUGGGUCCCUUCCGAAUUGCAAUCACAUGGAGGUCUGGGAGAAGAUAGAUCGGAUGAUAAGGAAACCUGGAGGGUGAAACACAUGUGCAGAUCUUCCGGCGCUGAAAUAUAUGACCUGGCUUGGUCUCCAGACGGAGUCUUUUUUAUAACGGGCAGUAUGGACAAUAUUGCCCGAAUAUAUAACGCCCAAACAGGCCAAAUGGUUCGCCAAAUAGCAGAACAUUCACACUACGUCCAGGGAGUUGCCUGGGAUCCACUUAAUGAAUUUGUAGCGACGCAGUCAUCAGAUCGAUCGGUGCAUAUUUAUACACUGAAAACUAAGGACGGCCAGUUCACAUUGACAUCCCAUGGAAAAUUUGUCAAAAUGGAUCUCCCCGCACGGCGAAUAUCGUCCCAUAGCCCUGCACCUCCUGAUAUCGCCCUCGGAACCCAGUCUUCGACCGCCAAUUCUUUAGCCAUAUCUUCGCCCGGCCCAUCGACACCGAGAACACCAAUGACCACUGUCUUACCCAUGGAUCCUCCCCCGGUGUCUCAUAGUCGUCGUUCCUCAUUUGGCUCUUCUCCAUCAAUGCGGCGAUCAGCGUCACCUGCACCCUCAAUUCCACUUCCCGCCGUGAAGCCAUUGGAGGCAUCCUCCCCAAUCCUUUUCGGUGGCAUCGGGGUGAAAAAUGCCAGCAUCUAUGCAAAUGAAACAUUCACUUCUUUUUUUAGACGAUUGACAUUUGCACCAGACGGGAGCUUGCUUUUUACGCCAGCUGGACAAUAUAAAGCUUCUCAAGGGAAUCAGGGCGAUCCUUCAAAACCCACUGAAGAGGUUAUUAAUACUGUAUACAUUUAUACCCGUGCCGGCUUCAAUAAACCCCCAAUCGCCCACCUACCAGGCCAGAAGAAGCCGUCAGUUGCAGUGAGAUGCUCUCCGGUUUUCUAUACAUUACGGCAGGGAGCGAAACCUACCAAACAUAUCACGCUUGACACUUCAUCUGGUGAUGAGGCAUUUCCGUCCUUGCCAGAUGCCGCAGUUUCUACAAAUAUCCCAACAAGCAACCCGUUGAUGGAACCCCCGCCUUCACUUAACACAUCUAUAUCAGACACUUCUCAUCCUCUUGCUUCACCCAAGACUAUUGAAGAGGAUGGCACAGCACAAGAGCCCAACUCUGCGUUCGUGCUGCCAUAUCGGAUAGUUUACGCUGUUGCAACACAGGAUGCAGUUCUGGUUUAUGACACUCAACAGCAAACACCACUAUGUGUUGUGAGCAAUCUACACUAUGCCACAUUUACUGAUUUAUCUUGGUCUAUCGAUGGGUUAACUUUAGUAAUGAGCUCAUCCGACGGAUUCUGCUCAACUCUGGCUUUCUCACCAGGAGAAUUAGGCCAGGUCUAUACCUUGAGCCCAGGUGAAAAGGCACCACAUCACCCUCAUAUAUCAACCGCCAUCUCCACAACUCCCACACUUCUCCAACCCCAUACAAUUUCAACAUCCCCCUCCAUCCCAAAACCCAGCCCAGCCCUUUCUGUCCCAACUCCCCCAAGCGCAACGGCCACUAUUCCUCUCCGGCCCGCUAGCCCUGCCGGUUCAACGACCUCAUCUCUAGCCCACCUCUCCUCCGGCAUCCCACCAAACUCAAGCUCAAUCCCAGGCUCCGGCUCCAACUCCACUGUCAUAAAUAACCCGACACUAAGCCUCAGCUCCGUCCCGUCUGUAACAGCCACGAACUCCGCCCCACCGCCACACCCCGGUUUCCCACUAACCACGCCACCGCAGACACCAAUGUCUGGUAUUUCCCACAGCACCGCAAGCUCGAUAAGCGGCAGCGUCCUGGGGAAGCGGGAUCUAGGCGCCAUUGGUGAGUCGGAGAGGGAUGACUCGAAAGAAAAGAAGGAGGAUGACAACAAGGAAACAGAAGCGAACGAUGAGACUGUCGUUGUUCCUGCAGUUAAAAAGAGACGUAUUGCUCCUACGUUGAUUUCGGGGAGUGAUAUGGCCGCCUCCGUUGCUCCUGGAGCUCCGGCUGCUGUCCCUGAUGUCUCUGCUGCAGUACCCGCCCCACAAAGCGAGGAUAGUAAAUAA